UUAUUACUACUAUUUUACAAAAAAUGUGUUGCACAGAAGUUGUUUGGAAUAUUACUGUUCUGAUGUGGACAAGUAAGUUGUAAAAUAGAUGUGAAGUCUUCUUCAAAGCAUUUUCCCAAAUGUACGAGUAUGUAUUCCUUUUCAGCAGCUUUUAUUUCUAUACAACCUCAUCAUUUUGAUUGAAUAUCACUACUGAAAAAAUGAAAUUUAAGGAGAAAGUAUCUCUCAACACGUGUGUAGGACACUAUUCCAAAAUUAUUAAAAAAUUAUGUAACUUAUGGAAAAAUCAAGAAAAAAAACUCUUAAUUAAUACUGAUGAGAUCUACAACAAUUUUUGUUAAACAAAAAAUUGAAUUUUAUUUAGAAAAAGAUUACUCAGUUUUUUGAAAGUGUAACAUGUAGGAAAAAUUAUAUUUAAGGUCAAACAUUAAAACAGUUCACUAAACCAUUUACAAUUGAUACAUAAUAUAACGGCACUAGAAUAUGGCUCAUAAAAUUUAUUGUGUACAAAAUUCUACAAUAUUCUUAAUUCCUAAAUUCUAUUUUUAUGCGAUUUCAGAAGUUAGCAAAGAAAUAUCGAAAUCAAAAGUUUAAGUGUGGAGAGGACAAUGAGGGAUACAGUGUAAAUGAAGAUGAGUAUUACGUUCGUUACAUGUUAAUAACGAAGAUGAUUCCCCCUUAUAUAUUUCGACAGUUCGUUCGGCGAACAUCCAGGCGAAAGAGAUUGUUGGAUGAUUACAUAAUUCCUAAAUAUUUCCGAGAUGAUCUUUUUCAUUAUGCUGGAGAACACCGUAGACCGCCAUAUCGUUGGUUCGUCAUGGGUCCUGCAAGAUCUGGUACAGGAAUACAUAUAGAUCCGUUGGGUACCAGUGCCUGGAACGCAUUAACCGGUCAUAAACGUUGGUGCCUAUUUCCUACGCAUACUCCUCGCGAGCUGUUGAAGAUAACCGCGGCCGAGGGUGGUAAACAGAGGGACGAAGCUAUCACAUGGUUUUCUAUCGUCUAUCCCCGCACAAAGCUGCCGUCGUGGCCGAACGAUUGCCGCCCGAUCGAGAUUCUACAGGUUCCCGGCGAGACCGUUUUCAUUCCCGGUGGUUGGUGGCACAUUGUCUUAAAUCUCGAUGAAACUAUAGCGGUGACGCAGAAUUUCUGUUCGCGCACCAACUUCCCGGUAGUUUGGCACAAAACGGUUCGAGGACGGCCAAAAUUGUCGCGGAAAUGGUUAGAGGUCCUCUACGAUAAGGAACCUGAAUUGGCAACAUUAGCGGAGACCAUAGAUGUAAAGAUGGACACCGGAGUCGCCAGUGAUUCCUCGAGUGGGUCUUCGAGCAGUUCGUCGAGUAGUACUAGCAGUAGUCAAUCCGAGGAUAGCGAGGACGAUAGUGGUCAAGAGUCACUCACCGCGCAUAAGAAGAAAAAGAGAAGAAAAUUGAAUAACAGCCAACCCUGACAAUAUCCAGUAUUUGGAACCUACAGAGACCUCAGACUGUACAGUAUUAACCGACAAUUAUUGUUUGUACUAAGAAUAAAUAUUCUAAUUAUUAUGAUUACGAUUAUAUCUUUACGUUCAUAAUAAAAUAAAUAUUAGAUAA